AUCACUCCGACUUGUUCAAUGCGAAUUCUGGUCAGUUGGAAGUGUUAACUUGCUUCUGAAGAAUUGGCCAACCUCGGCGGCAAAGACUGUCAUCUUUUCAGCCCGAAUACGUCACUCUUUUAGCUGCGACGAUAUCAUCAUUCUCUCAACGAAUCUCCUUUCCCGAACAAUCACGAUGGGACACAUGAGCUACCCCUCCCAGAUGGAUAGCCCCUCCAGGCAACUCGUCCUAGAUUUAGCACGGGACCUUGAACAGCUCCGCGUGCACAACACCGAGUUGAAGAAGGUCAAAGCCUACGAACGCCGAUCCUUUUAUGAGAAUCUUGACCGAAUCGAUAGCGAACUUGAGGCCCAGCACAAUGCGGCCCUUGACAAAGCUGCCGCUCUGCAUGAUCGCGUACUGGUGGAGGCCGAGGAGACGUUGCGCGCACACCAGAGAGCGGUAGAGGAGGAGCUCCGUCGAAGAGAGGAGGAGGCACGGAAAGAAGCGGAACGCAUAGAACGAGAGAAGGCAGAGAAACUACGGCGAGAGCAGGAGGAGGCUGCAUGGCGUGAAGCUGAGCGCAGAGCAGCCGAGGAAGCAAAGAAGAAGGCGGAGGAAGAGGCGGAGAGGAAGAAGAAAGCGGCGCAGGAAGAGGAGGCGCGGAAAGAACGAGAGCGAUUAGAGGAAGAGAACCGCAAGCGUCAGGAGGAGACACGGAAGGCAGAGCAGGAGGCCUCCCAACGCCAAGCGGAAGCCGCACAGAAGGCACAGGCGGAGCGACAGCGGCAGGUUGGAGGCGCCCGUCUUACGGACGAAGAAAUCAAGAUCCAGGCCCGCUACGUGGAAUUACAUCAACAUCUUAAGAAAUUCCGGCAAUACUUGAAGAACGAAGCGAAAACCAAUGCCAUUGUCAAGCAGAACAUGGGCGAUAUGCGGCGAACGAUCAAGAAGUGUGUUGGACAACUACGUGAAGGCAAGGGAGCCAACAAAACCCAGCUUCAAGAGAUUCGUACUACGCUGGAGAAAGCUGCCUCCAUUGCUGAACCGUCGGUGGAUGUUCGCCAGUUCAUCGCUUUCCCGCCCGAGAAUAUUGCCAAUUCCGAUGACAACAAGGUGCCUGCCCUUUUAAUCUACGCCUUGAACAUCUUCUCCAAGUGCAUGAUUUCUUCCCUCAUAACGGAGGCGUCCAUCAACCUGGGCCAUGCGGAGCCGGUCGGGAUCGUCGCGGCCCAGAUAUUCUCCGCCGAUGCCUUCAUCUACAAGGGCUGCCACAUGGUCGACAUUCUAUUAGCCAAGUACCGUGUCGUUUGCCCAGCGCUGUGGGGAUUCCAUGGCAGUGAGAAGACCGAGGGUGGCCGACGUGCCCUGGGUUGGUGGCGCGAAGGGCCGGACGGGCCGUACAUCAGCGAACAGGCCCACGCCGACCGAAUGACAGCUCUAGGUGCGGGUUAUGCGGCCUUGACCCUGCGCAAUUUUGGCAAAACCGCGCGCAAGAACCCUUUCCCCAACACCAUGUUUUGGUAUACCAUGCAUAAAAUCCUGAAUAUCCCGCCGGCAGAGAUCCAGGAUACCCAUGUUACCCUGCUUUCGGCUAUGCUAAAAUCGUCAGCCGAAAGAAUUGUUGGUUUCUUCGGGCAUAUCGGACUGGCGUUGAUGAGGAAGGCUAUAGUCGAAUUGCCCGAAAGCCUGCCCCGGCAGAGCAUGAGCGUUAACCAACUCAAGCUCCUCAAGGAUCUGUAUAAACGAGAGAAGAACAUUUUGCUGUGAGCUGGCGGUUCACCAGAAGGUCUAUUUUGGGUUGCGUUAGGUCCAAAUUUGCCUCCGGCCUUAUUUCUUUUAGCAAGGAUGGGUGGCUCCACACCAGCUGUCAGGCUUCCAGAUGAUAACAGGCUGUUCCCGUACAUCACAUUUCCGGCAUGGUAUGACAGGCUUCUGACGCCGACCGAGAAUUUUCCGGUGUCAUGAGCACAAGGCCUGAUCCGGAGCCUAAGUAAUGAUGUUGAUGACGCCUUUUACAAUGCUGGUGCCAGUAGGCAGUUGAUGCCCACCGUGUCGAGUACCUUGUA